AUGCAAAGCUCGAGCAAAUUGUCUGGCCCCUUUGUUUCUACUCCCUCUGGUGUGUCGGGGCUCCAAGGUUGGACUGACAUUCCAGUUGACCUGUUGCAUUCCAUCGUUCCUCUGUUGCGAUCAUAUGUCGACCUAUUUGUGUUUGUUAGCACAUGUCGUUCUUGGCGUGUUGCUUUCUUGUCAUACCCAUCCAAAUCAACCUUAUGCACGGUACUCCCGCCUCUCCUUGUCCAACCCAAUUUCCUUGACCUGUCUUGCCAUCUCCCUUCUAGCAAUGGUCGCCAUGAGCUACGCAAUUGUAAGCUCAUCGAUCUAGCCAAGCAGAACAUAUCCCAUUGCUGCCAGAUUCCUCGAAAGACUUUUGAGAACAUGUGGUUUGUUGGCUCUUCCUAUGGGCAUCUCAUCUGCUGCCUCAAAGGGAAUUUAUUUAUUGUUGAUGUGUUCACUGGUGUCGAAUUUUCACCUCCCUCUCUUCCAUUGAGUUGCGACUUUGACUUCUACUACUAUGGCACUCUGACAGCGCGCCCUGCAUCACCAAACUGCCAUCUACUUGUCAGCACCCAUCACUCCCUGUUUGAUUGGCCCAUUGGAAGUGACUCUUGGUCUCAACUCAACCUUCCCUAUUCACGCAUAGAUCAGAUUGUGGAAUUCACCGGUCAGUUCAUCGCACUGGAUUGCCAUUGGAGGAUCCACAUUCUGAAGUUGGCUCCCCAGCUUGGUCUGGAGCAGAUAACAACCAGCAGGUUUUUCGACGGCAUGGCCAAAUGCCCACAAAGCCGAUGGCUAGUAGUAUGUGGUGACAUGCUUCUCAUCGUUGGCCAUUACGAGAGCUUGAUGUCAUCUAAAGCACCAGUCCUAUAUAAACCAUACCGUCUUGAUAUGUCGACCAGACCUGCAAAAUGGGUGGAGGUGAAGAAGCUGGACAACUGGGCACUCUUUGUAGGGCGUGAUUUCAGGAGCCCGUCGUUUUCUUGCUCAAGCCCGGAACAAUGGGGAGGGUGGAGUAACCGGCUAUACUACGCCCAUAACUUUCAGCCUUUGACCAUACAUGGGUUGGGUGACGAUGCAGAGGCUGUGUGGGAUCCUUCCAAUGACCCCAAUCUUUUCUAUGGGAGGAAGAGGUACAAGAAGGUGCAGGCCUUCUGGGUGUAUCCGAGCAUGUUCAGUUCCGAUGGCUAG